AUGCAAGACAUUAUGAAACUCUUCAAACCGACGCAGAAACCGACGCAAAAUAAUUUGUAUAUCUCGGAUCCAAAAGAAUUUCGACAUGUUAAAUCUAUUUCUCGAUUGGAGGGACAACGAAUGUUAGAUGAUUUGGAAGAGAUCUCUAAACCACCUCCACCUAGUCAUGGUCGAAAUUCUCUCAUUAUUGGAUCUUCUAUUAUAUCGGAAAAAGAUGAAGCUGAUCAGUCAGACAGUUGGACAAACUCUGAAGCAGACGAUGAACCGAUUGAUCCUCGAUUUCUCGACGAUGACGAAUCUGUUUAUACGUAUAUUGAUGAUUUUCGAUCAGUACGCGAAAGCACCUCUUCUCCACCACUAUCCAGAUCAUUCUCUUUUGGCUCACUCUUCAGUGCCGCUUCUUUUCUUCACCCAAAUAGCAAAGAAGGAAAACAAAGCACUCCUCCAAUGCCGAAAACCCCUCCACCCCAUCAACCACCAAAUCCCAAAAACCCUCCCCCAUCUCAGCCACCAUCAACCCUAGCCCUUCCCGGAAAGUUUCGCAAAAACGACAAAUCACCCAAAACGAUUCCUAAGAAUAUACGUGUUCCACGCAUAAUUGAACCACAACCAACAACUUCAAAUGAACUCGAUCAACUCCCAAAAGUACCCCCAAAAAGAAGACAAUCCCUUCCCGAUUGCCACUCGCAACCGUCAACCUCUAAUAAUUUUUCCGAGUUUUUAAUGAUGAUUCAAGGAGAACGACCUACACCACCCCCGAAAAGUUUUUUGGGAACUGAAUCCGUGAAAUUACCGAUAAAAACUCCGGACAAGCCAGCUAGGGGUCGACCAGCUAAAGAAAAGAGCUUAAAGAAUGAUGCAGUGCCCCUGCCAACAACAAAUCCACCAAUAAGCCAUUCAUCAUCAACUCCUGUCGUUUCUGAAUUGAUUUCUCGAUUUCAAAACGAAAGACGAGCCGAAAUACGACCACCACCUCAACCGAAACCACAAAUCCAACAAAAACCACAAACCCAACAAAAGCCUGUUAUUCAAAAACUUCCGUUCAUUGCCCAGAAACCUGUACUUCCUGAAAAACUUAUACUACCGAAAAUAUUUUUGGAAAAAGAGAGCACCAAUGGUGAUUCAAUGAGAUUCGGAAAGAGACCUCAAAUCAGUCCUAAACCGCAGCCUCCACCAAAAAUCAAUGUUCAACGAGUGACAAGCACUGACUCACACAAUUAUCUUGUUUGCAAGAAUAAUUUUGGAUAUGAGAGAAACGAGAAGAACUUUGAGAAAUCUGUAAAGAAAAUCGACGAGGCAAAGCCGAUGAUUCCAAAAAAACCAAUCAAACUUUUGGCACCACCACUAGCUCGGCAAUCAAGUCGAUUGAAAACGGAUGAUACUGGAGUUGGUUCUUCGGUGAUGAGUGAUCUCGAGGCAAAGCUGAGAAUUCGACGAGAAAAACUUGCCUCUUUAGAC